AUGCUAUCUCACGCCUUCAUUGCUUCUCUCCUUGCCAUCUCGGCUAAUGCCCACGUCGGGACCUGGAACCCGGGCAUGUACUGUAAAGGCGGAAACAACACCAAUGAGGACAACCAAAACACCAACCUCAUCGUCAACCCCCUCUACCAGCUGGAAAAGGACGUCUGGUGGCAGCAGCGCGACCGAGGCUGCCACCUCGUCCCCCCUCCCGACGGCGAGUUCCUCGAGCUCCCCGCCGGCGCCUCCUUCACCACCGAGCUCGCCAACAACCGCGCCUUCACCACCCUCUCCUAUAACGGCCAGUACGUCUCCGACUGGCAGGACGGCCAGAACCGCACCGAGCCCUGGGUCGGCCCCGGCAGCCCACCAGGCUGCCUCGUCGAGAAUCCGGACGGCGCAGGCGGCGAGCUCCACGCCCGGAGCCGCGAGCACGCCGCGGGAACCGCCUGGGCCAUCUCCUACGAGAGCGACCUCGACAAGGUCACCAUGGACAACCUCGUCGUCUUCUCUGUGCGCUACCACACGCCCUGGAAGCGCCUGACCAGCUACGACGUGCCGGCCGAUCUCCCGGAGUGUCCUCCCGAGGGCUGCUACUGCGCCUGGCUCUGGAUCCCCGAUGGAUGCGGCCAACCCAACAUGUACAUGUCCAACCACCGGUGCAAGGUCACCGGCAGCAAGUCGACCAAGACCCUCGGCACCCCCAAGGCCCCCAUCUGGUGCGAGGACGACCAGUCCAAGUGUCUCUCCGGCCCCAAGCAGAUGAUGGCCUGGAACCAGGCCAGCGGCGACAACGUCGUGGCUCCCCAGGGCCGCACUCCCACCUACAACGAGCGCAUGGGCUUCAAGGACGGCGCCCAGGACGACAUCUUCGUCGAGAGCGGGAACCAACCCUCCUCUUCCUCCUCAUCCACCCAAGCCGCCGCCGCUCAGACUUCCUCGACGCAGGCGUCUACCCAGUCUCCCGCUCCGGCUACCACCAGCAGCAUCCAGUCAACAAGCAGCGAGUCCAGCACGGCCGCCGCGACCACCUCCACCCCGUCUGCCCAGCCAUCUCAGGGCGAGUCGGCCUGCUCCAAGCAGAAGCGUCACCUUAGACACCAUGCCCGCCACAUGGCAUAG